AUUUAGAGGAUCAGUUUACCUGUUUUCAGACAGCUGGUUCGAUGCCCAGAACUGAAUGCUGUGCUCCAGCUGUGGCCUCACCGGUGCUGAAUAGAGAGGAAGAGCCACCUUCAUAGCUUACAUGUGAUUCCUCUGCCUAUACAACCCAAUACUGGAUUUGCUUACUUUGGCAAGAUAGCUGCAUUGUGCACUGUAUUUAAUGUUACGUGUGCUGUAACCCUGGGUCUUUCUUCGCAUUGCUGCCGUCAAACCCUCAGUCCUGCCAAUCUAAAACUCCCGCCUCUGUUUACCUGCCCUUCUCCCCGUGGACUCCCCGUACAUUCAUCCACAAUGAAUGUCAUCUUUUUAUUUUCUGAUUUUCUUUUACUUUAAUCUUAAACUCUGGCAAGACUUUCACUCUGUCCUAUAAAUUUUUAGCUGUCAGCCAAUUUCCCCCCUGCUUCGGUAAUGGAACAUCCCUCAGGCUUUUUCUCUGGUUCUUUUCCGGUUGUAGCCCUGAAACCCAAGCAUUUGUAUGGUGAAUUGAGUAAGCAUUCGCCUGGCGUUUCUGAUCGUAUACUCGGAACAACUCUGGUUUGGCCCCUUGAAGUUGUUGUGCUUGCUUAGUUCUUUCUAGAUUUCCUUGACUCCUCACUGCCUCUGUUUGGGUGGAUAGUAUAGUCUUUACAGCGCCUCUCCAGGGAGACACUAUCAGCUGACCAGAGAGGUUUCUCACCGUGAGGAAGUUAACUGUUAUCUUUUAAUUGAAUAGUGUUUAGUAGUUUUAAAGUUUUUCCAAUUAGAGAUCAAAUUGCUAUACAUUUCUGAGAUGAGUGAGGUAAAUGAAAGAAGUGAAGUGAGAUUUUUAAAUGUCAAGCAGAAUGUGGUUCACUAAGAAAGCCAAAUGGUGUAUCUUGUUGGAUUUGGUAGCUGACUCAAAUGGGAGCUGCAGUCUCCUUUUUCCUGGACUCUGGAGCAUCAUGAUCUCUGAUUUAGAGAAGGUUUUUAGUUGGUUUAUUUAGGAUUGUUGAUCCAGCCGCCCAGUCUUUUAAUUAUAUGCUUUGAUUAAGCAUUUAGGGGAUAAUGUAUUGUAUAAUCUUUUCUGUGGGUGGUAAGAAUUGGAAGGUCUCCAAAUGUCCUUUUUAUCUAUGUCUGAGCUCUCAAGUGAGUCCUAGUGGGUCUAAGGGUAGCAGUUAAGCCACUGUUUGAGUUCCCCUCCUCCCCACCAUCUUAGGGGGUGUGCCUCUUUAAACAGACUGUCCUUGGAUUUUUGGUAUUUAUUAGACCUACAAGAAAUUGCUUAUAUGUAUUUACAUCUUGAAGGAAGGAAAGUUGAUUUGGAAAUCUUUUUAAUGUUAUUCCAGUACAACAGAUUAUUAUCAUGGUUUUAGACAUUACCAAACACAUUGUACUAAUUGUAAACCUGCGUUACAGGUGUGCACUGCAAGUAAAAGAUGUGUCUAGCGGUCAGAGAUCGAUGAUCUCAGCAUUCACAUUUGCAUAACCGAAGAAAAUUGUAAGCUCAAUUUGCUGGCUUUGGAGAAAUGUCUUUUCUCUGGUUUCUCUCCACAUACAUUAUCAAAAUUUGGUGAAUUUAUUUUUGAUAAAGAGAAUAUGUGUUUGCAGUUAUAGGGAGAAAUUGGUAGGUUUUCUUAUGCCUUUGACACUUCUUCGUAAGAGUGGCACCCUUCUUUGGCUUCUGGGGUAACCCUUAGUGACAUCUAAGUGGACUUUGCUGUGCUGUAGGCAGCCAGUAAGUGGUGAGAAGGACACGGUUUCCAUCUCCAUUUAUGGUCUUAGGAGGGGACAGAGUUGGGACUCUAUUUACAGUUCUUGGAGGAGUCCAGAGUGGUUGGGGUGUUCUUGGAGGCAGAAACUAGACAUUGUAAGAUAAAAAUAAAUUGUCAGGGGCUGUUUGUAAUUCAAAUUCCAAUCUCUGAGGAGGGCAGAGGGUGCCGGGAAAGGGGAGUAUGUGUGAAGUCAAAUGAGAUUUGCAGUGCUUGUCUCUUCUGUUGAGAGAUUUGACCAUGACACACAUUUUCCAAGUUUACUUUUCUGGAUUGUUUUUAGAUGGUUUUGUCCUAUGGGGUCACAAUUCUCCGUUACAAAAAGAAAGCCAAGAUGAUUGGUUUUUAGAGGGUUUAUAAGAAGCCUCAGUUUUAUGUGAGGAUCAUUUGAGGUGGUGGGGGAGAUGCUAUCUCAAUGAAACGGACAAUGGGCAGAUGCUUGUUUGGGGGUCUGAGGCUGCAGGGCGGGUGACCAUGUCUGAGGGAGGCAGACGAUCAUGUCUCAUGCUUUUAUUAUUAUUAUUAUUUUCCCAUUUGGAUUUCUGGCCUCAGAGCCCAGAUUUUAGAGUGUUUAAGGGAGUGUCUUGUAGAUUGUCAGCUGUGAUUUAAAGAUCCUGCACUUCAUGGAGAGCCAUAACGUUUCAGACUUGUUUUAAUUUGGUGAGACUAGGUCAUAUAUUGGCUUAUGGAAGGCAAUCUCUCCUUUAGGAGAGUCUUAUAGUGUUGAUAAUGCUUAUACAUUAUGUUAGAGAUAAACUAGUUUUAACAGUUAAGUUAGAAAAUAUUAAGGAGCCACUAGGGAAAAGGAGGUUUUGUCUCAAGAAAAUUCUGAGUGAAGUCCUGUGAAGAAGAACAAUUGGAAGGAAGAAAGGAAGGCAGAGAGCAAGUAGAGCCUGAAUGUGACUGAAGUUUUAAGCUAAGAAUAAGUUCUUGAUGUAUCUUUUAGCUUAUCAAGUAACAUAACAUGAGGUGUACCAUUACAUUCAGGAAAACUGGGCUAGCCUGAAAUGUGAAGUGGAAAUAAAGACCCUAAAAAGCGAGAGAGUUGAACAAGGCAACGAGGUUAUCCAGGUUUUUUCUGGGAGCUUGCAUAAUGGUAUUUAUUUGCUGUGUGCCAAGUGACAGAGAAAGAAGUGAGAUGACUCCCUUCCUCCCUUCCCUAAGAAAGACUGUUGACCUUGUUUGUUGCUGUGUUCAGCUAGCAAUUUGAUUUGGUAGAUUAGUAAAAUUUAGGUAUUAAUGUACUUGUCGUUGUGUCUGAGACUAGGGAGUUAUGACAUUAUUGAUUUGAUUUCUGCUUAAAUUGUAGAGUUUUUUUUUUUUUUCUUUUACCAUGACAGAGUGAGUUAGGAAGGAAAAAAGAGUCAAUAAGUGAUCUGCUUUGUCAGCUACUUUGUCUAGGCAACUGUUUUCCUCUGUUCUCCUUAACCAAGAGUAAGGAAGAUGUUUUUCACUUGGGGAAAUUCUUCUUUCUGUCUUCCUUCCCUCACGUUUUCCAAAUUCUGGGCACCAUAGCAGCUUUCUCUCCUGUGGCAGGUGUGCAUCCUAUUGGCUGGCUGGUAUUUCUUUUUUUCCUCCCCCUUACCCUUUUUAAGUGGGGGAGGGGGUAUAAAAUAUGUGUAUGGGGUACUUGCAAUAAUGUUGUAAUGUUUCUUGUUGUUUUAAUUGAUAAUUGCAAAAUAAUUGUUUGAUUAUAACAUGUUUGAGUAAAUGCUAAAUUAGUAUUUUUCUAAUAUAAUAAUUUAUUUGAAAUCUAGCAUUCCUGUAACAAUGUGUCUGUGUUUGUCUGUCUGUGUCUGUCUAAUAGUAAUUAAUAUCUGUGGUCCGUAUCUGGAGGAGGAAGUACAGCUUUAAAGGAAUAACAAAAGACUUUGUGUCUUAGACCCUUCGCAGGUGUUACAGUCGGGUGAAAGAACAUGGUGUUGGGAAAAGAAAGAGCAGUUACACAUUUGAACAGUUGGAACAGGUGUUUGGUCAGGGAGGAUGGGAUGCUCAGCCCUGCCAGCCUGUACUUAUUAACAGUAGUGGCUUGUACCAGGAGCUGGAGUCAGAUGGCAGCACUAUGGAGGACUAUUCACAGGAGGACUGGGGAAACCACAGUCAGGAUCUCCAUGGCUAUCCAACAGAUCAGGAAUUGGAUGAAAUGCCAGUUUCAAAGAGAACAUUAAAAAUAAAACAAGAGUCUUCUGAAGAGGCACAGAAGCGAGACACCAUGCAGAAUAUUGUACAGAUACUGGAGUCGGUGCAGUUGAAGUGGGAACUGUUUCAGAGCUGGACAGACUUUUCAAGGCUCCACCUUUCCAAUAAAUUGGCCAUUUUUGGAAUUGGCUAUAACACCCGCUGGAAAGAGGAUAUCCGUUACCACUAUGCCGAGAUCAGCUCACAGGUGCCCCUUGGCAAGCGUCUUCGGGAGUACUUCAACUCUGAGAAACCCGAGGGACGGAUCAUUAUGACCCGAGUGCAAAAAAUGAACUGGAAAAAUGUUUACUACAAAUUUUUAGAGAUCACCAUUAGUGAAGCUAGGUGCUUAGAGCUGCACAUGGAAAUUGACUGGAUACCCAUUGCCCACUCCAAGCCAACUGGUGGGAAUGUUGUUCAGUAUUUAUUACCAGGAGGGAUUCCUAAAAGCCCAGGCCUGUAUGCCAUUGGCUAUGAAGAAUGUCUUGAGAGGCCUCUCUCACCAGAUGUGGAGCGCCAUGCCCUGGACCCCGGAAAAGAGGGCCGGGUUGACAUAGAAACCCUCUCGACACAAGCCUCACUGCAGGUGGAGGUCGAACCCACCCGCAUCACCUACUGCUACCUCGGAAUUGCUGAAGUCAGGACUCUGCAGCAGUGCUUGUUUCUACAUUUCCAAGCAAAUACCAAAACCUUCAGUAAAGAUUGGGUUGGUAUUAAUGGGUUUUUGUCUCAGAACUGUAUUGUGGAUCCUGGAGUUUCCCCUAAAUCCAUCUAUAUCAAAUUUGUAGAAGUAGAAAGGGAUUUUCUGUCCGCCGGCUCAUUAGUUGAGUGCCUGGAAAAAGCCAUUGGAUACCCCUUAAAAUUUAACAACUGAAUGUCAUCCUUCAUAAGGAUUUGGGCUUGUGCAUUCUUCUCCCUUCUUCCUAUUACCCAAACUACCCCACAUCCAGAUGCUGCCAUCGGACUCUUCAUGGGAGCUCUUUCCACGAUGAGACCAAUACAACCUCUAAAAAAAUCACAGUAGACUCUGGGCAGAAAAAGCAGACCUCACCUGAAAUGCUCAUUUUGAGCAAGCAGGUCUUGCAUGGUAGGUCAGUUCUUUUUUAAAAAAAGAAAACAUCAAUUUUUAAAUGGAUUUUAGAGCCCUGAUAUAAACAGAUGUAGGUACAUUCCAUAUUGGACAAAACUUAUACUUUGAGUUUCAUAUGAAAUUGAAAAUUGUAUUUUUUUCACACUAUUUCAUUUUUACACAUCUCUAUAAGUAUUAUUUACAGCCUUGAAUAAAUAAGCAAUAGAUAGUGACAAGUAAAUUUUGAGUCACAGUUAAUAAGGCUGUUUUUCAGUAUUACCUUUAGCUACUAUUGUAUAUAAUUUAGAAUUUCAUUUUUCACCAACCAAGCGUUUUGCUAUUUCCAAUCAGUGUUGCCUGCAAAGACUUUGUUUAUGUGAUGUACAAACUUUUAUGGUUGUGUUGACAUUUAAACUAAAAAAAGAAAAAAGAAAUUAAAGGAAUUCCUGACCUUUUG